AUGUCAGGUAGAGGAAAAGGUGGAAAAGGUCUAGGUAAAGGUGGUGCUAAGAGACACAGAAAGAUCCUCAGAGAUAACAUCCAAGGUAUUACCAAGCCAGCAAUUAGAAGAUUAGCUAGAAGAGGUGGUGUCAAGAGAAUCUCGGCUUUGAUUUACGAAGAAGUUAGGGCAGUUCUUAAGACUUUCCUUGAAAACGUCAUUAGAGAUGCAGUCACUUAUACUGAACACGCAAAGAGAAAGACCGUCACCUCCUUAGAUGUCGUCUAUGCUUUGAAGAGACAAGGUAGAACCCUUUAUGGUUUUGGUGGUUGA